CCUAGUCAGCGAUAAGUCAUAGACUACGAGAAGAAACCCGUUUCUCUUGCAUCGUCAGUUGGAAAGAAUACCUUCCUUCACAUGCUUCCGAAGAUAAUUGCCUUCGAUCUGGAUUACACUCUGUGGGAUCUCUGGAUCGACACCCAUGUCACGCCGCCGCUCACAUCAUCAGACGACACGGGCGCUGUUGUCGACGCCCACGGGACAGAGAUCGAUUUCUACCCUGACGUGCGGGCGAUACUGCGCCGUCUGAGAGCGGACGGCGUUUUUGUGGCUGCAUGCUCGAGGACGCACGCACCCGAUCUCGCGCUCCGAGCACUCAACCUCCUCCGUGUUCCCGAGUCGGAUGAGGAGGACGGUAUUGAGCCCGGAAAGCCUGCUAUCGAGUACUUUGAUAACCUGCAGAUAUACCCUGGCUCGAAACUUGCGCAUUUUCGAGCGAUACACAAGAAGACGGGAAUCCCAUAUGAGCAGAUGUUGUUCUUCGACGAUGAGUCGCGGAACCGGGAGGUCGAACGAUUGGGUGAGUAGGUUCUCUGGUUGAUAUACGGGAUGCUUCAACACUAGUACAGGAGUUGUCUUCCAUUACACCCCCAAGGGGUCAGCCACGAUGUACUUGCAGCUGGACUGAAGUCGUGGACGAAUCGCGUCAUCGGCAACUAGAUCAUUCUCAACGUUGAACUUUGAAUGCGUCUAGUCACACCAUCCCCGCAGAGAGUGCGGUGACACAUCCAGCAUGUGGGCCGGGGUCAUUGGCCUGUCCGUCUCUGACGCUGAAAAUAUAAGACGAUUGCUGCUGCAUCGCAUCUGUCAAGCGUACGAAGCCAGAGCUCGACCUGUCACCAGGCUAGCAGUGCUUCUUCUGCAGGCAGCAAACGGCAGUGAAUGGAUGGAUUAUUUGCGUUGACUCGGAACUUCUUUAACGCUUUCAUGGACUCCCUCUCCUCGAUUUUAGCACUUUCCUGGUUUAGAUCCACGAUGCCCAUCAUAAUCGUAGUCCCCUGCAUAUGCAUGCACUACUUGUGCUAUAUCACAUGUCGAGAUGACUCGCAAAGCUUUGUGACAUGUCCUCA